AUGCGCAUAACAGGAAGUGACAUCUUCCUAAACACGCUGGAGUGCAACGCCAUCUUUGAGUGUGCCGCUAUCUUGGAGAGCUGCUGUGGACGGUGUCCUCAGUGCCUGCCUUCCUGCCCGCACGCCCACCUGCAGUCCCUGACCUGUGUCAUCAUGCCUCGGAGGCACAACAAUAAGUACCAUGCCCGUGUGAAACGCCACCAGGUCCGGAGGGACACUCAGUGUCCCCAGGAGGCCCAGGCCAGUGCUGCUGCAGCAGCAGAAGAGGAAUGCCCCUCCUCCCCCUCUUCUGUCCCUCAGGGUUCUCCCCUGAGCUCCCCUGCUGCUGGCGAAAGCCACAAGGUUCAGGGAGCCAUGGCCCCUAGCUCUCCUGAUGCAGGGGCUUCCUGGGCAGGAUCUGAUGAAGGUGCUCAGGGCCCAGAGGAGGAAAGUGCAGGUGCCUCCCAGGCAGCCCCGGCCACUCAGAGCACUCUCAAAGAUCCUCUGACCAGGAAGGCCAACAUGCUGGUGGAGUUCCUGCUGGAGAAGUACGGCAAGAAGGAGCCCAUCACACAGAACGCCCUGCUGACGGUCGUCAACAGGAAGUACAGGCAGCACUUCCCCGAGAUCCUCAGGAGAGCCUCUGAGCGCAUGGAGCUGGUGUUUGGCCUGGAGCUGAAGGAAGACGACCGCAGCAGGAACAUCUAUGUCCUCACUAGCAAGCUCAACCACAGGGGUAACGGAGGUCCUAGUGAUGAGAAGGGGCUGCCCAAGUCUGGUCUCCUCAUGGUGCUCCUGGGGGUCAUUUUCAUGAAGGGUAACCGGGCCACUGAGGAGGAGGUCUGGGAAUUCCUCAGUGUGUUGGGGGUCUACGCUGGGAGGAGGCACUCAAUCUUUGGGGAGCCCAGAAGGCUCAUCACCAAAGAUCUGGUGCAGAAGAAGUACCUGAAGUACCUCCAGGUGCCCAAUAGUGAUCCUCCGCGCUACGAGUUCCUGUGGGGCCCGAGAGCUUGUGCUGAGAUCAGUAAGAUGAAGGUGCUGGAGGUUCUGGCCAAGAUCCAUGAUACGGUCCCUAGUGCCUUCCCAGACCUCUAUGAUGAGGCUCUGAGAGAUCAGGCGGAGAGAGCAGGGCUGAGAGUUGCGACCCAGGCUCCAGCUAUGGCUGAGGCCAGUGCCCCUUCCAGGGCCAAGUCCUGCAGCUCCUCCCACAAAGAUACUUCACAGAGCUCAUCAGCUACUGGGUCAAAUAGCACUUCCCAGGAGUCUUCAGAAGCCCCAUCUACUACCAGCACUUUUUCAAGUACUUCUGUCACACCUGAUGAGGAAGAUACCAGUCAAGAUGAGGAAGAUUCACAUUCCUCCGAUGUCUCAUCUUCUACUGCGAACACCUACAGUGAUACUCUGAACAGCAUGGUGACUUUGUUCGGGCAGUUCCUUCUGUAUAAGUAUAAAAUGAAGCAGCCCAUCAUGAAGGAAGACAUGCUGAAGAUAAUCCACCCAAAAUACCAUGACCGAUUUGCCGAGAUUCUCAAGAGAGCCUCUGAACACAUCGAGGCUCUCUUUGCAGUUGACUUGAAGGAAGUUGACUCAACCAUCCACUCCUAUGACCUUGUCAGAAAACUGAACCUGCCCAACAAUGGCAGGGAGUGGGAUGGUAGGGGCUUACCUAAGACCAGUUUCUUGAUGAUAGUUCUGGGUGUCAUAUUCGUGAAGGAUGACUGUGCUGCUGAGGAAGACAUCUGGAGAUUCUUGAAUAUGAUGCGAGUAUAUGCUGGGAGAAAACACUUCAUCUAUGGAGAGCCCAGGAAGAUCAUCACCAAAGACUUAGUGACGAUGAAGUACCUGGAGUACCACCAGGUUGCCAGCAGUGAUCCUCCACAUUACGAGUUCUUGUGGGGCCCAAGAGCCCAUGCUGAAACCAGCAAAAUGAAAGUCUUGGAAUUUUUGGCAAAAGUCAAUGAUACAGUCCCCAGUGCCUUCUCAUCACAAUAUGAAGAAGCUUUGCGAGAUGAGGAGGAGAGAGCUCGAGCCACAGUUAGGCCUGUGGAGGUGUGGAAUAGUUUCAAGGGGUUAGAUCUGGAAGACAGAGUGCCCGAAGAACUAAAGAUGGAGGAUCAGAACGAGGUACAGGUGGUGGUGACCAAGACCUUCCCCAAGGAAAAUAAAUGCAACAAGCAGCUAUUUCCUGGAAACCUCAGGAAGAAGUGUCCAGAGGAGAUGUGUGUUCACUUCUCACCAGGAGUCUCGGGGCUUGACGUCUUCGAUGUGAGGCCUUGUCCUCAGGUCAGCAGAUGGGACAGAGCCCACCACUUACAAGGGCCAAGGGAAGACACAGAGAGUGGAUGGAGCAUCACUCAGCACAGAAGACGGGGCCCGAAAGUGCCCUUCCUGUCAUUCUCAGGAGCUCCAGGAAGCCUGUUUGUCCAGGCCACAAACAAUUCCUGCCGGGAUGCUGAUGGAAGCUAG